GGGAAGCUGCUGCGUGAAAAUGGCAACGGGGGGGAUGGAGAGACAUCAAGAAUCCUGGCCCCGUGGUGGAGUGCUUGGAAUCAGCAUGGCCCCUUUCGCUGCCAGAGAUGGAGCCUGUCUCCUGGACCGGACCCUCGGGGGAGCACGCAUCGGGGACCGGGAAUGAGCGUUGCAGAGCCAGGACUCUCUCCAGGUGGAUGGCACAGGCCGCCUGGCGUAAAGAUUUGGCUGGGGAGCUGGUGAAAGAAAAGACGAAACGGGGGGUGCCUCAUCCCCAGAGGCUCUGGAUGGAUUGGAAUGGGGAAGUCAGCCUGCAGUACGAGCCCACAGCAACUGGAAGGCACCUGCUUCAUCCUCAGAGCACUCUUCCUCCUCCUUUUCUGCGGGCAUGCUUGCUGCCAAUGUAAGAUCCUGCGCUGCAACGCCGACUACGUGGCCGCCACCCUCAACCUGCGCGGCUCCAACAAGGACGUGGCUUACUGCAACGCCCUGCGCUCCUACUCCCACUGCACCCGCAAGACGGCCCGGACCUGCCGGGGCGACCUGGUCUACCACUCUGCCGUCCACGGCAUCGAGGACCUCAUGAUCCAACACAACUGCUCCAAGGAAGGCCCCACCUCGCCGCCCCGGCCCCGCCCGCCGGCCCCCAACCACCAGGGCUUUGAGUCCCUGGACAUCUGCAACUACGAGAAGAGCUUCCUCUACAAGCAUGGCCAGCCCCCCACCUACCAGCACUGCGCGGCCUUCGGGGACCCCCACGUCCGCACCUUCCAUGAUGAGUUCCACACCUGCCGCGUGGAGGGCUCCUGGCCUCUCCUGGACAAUAACUACUUGUUUGUGCAGGCAACUAGCUACCCGGUGGCAAAGAGUUCCAAUGCGACAGCCACCGGCAAGCUCACGAUCAUAUUUAAGAACAUGAAGGAAUGCAUCGACCAGAAGGUCUACCAGGCCGAAAUAGACAACCUGCCGGCUGCCUUUGAGGAUGGCUCGGUGAACGGUGGCGAGAGGCCGGGGGGGAGCAGCCUGACCAUCCAGGAACGUGCGCCCGGGCAGCACGUGGAGAUCCGGGCUGCCUACAUCGGCACCACCAUCGCCGUACGCCAGGCAGGCCGGCAGCUAUCCUUCUCCAUCCGGGCAGCCAAGGAGGUGGCGCAGGCCUUCACCGAAGAGCAGGACCUGCAACUCUGUGUGGGCGGCUGCCCGCCCAGCCAGCGCAUCUCCCGCAGCGAAUGUCACCACACUGGGAUUGCCGCUGAGACAGCGCGACUGCUGUGCAAGGAGAAGCUGCCGGUGGAGGACGUCUACUUCCAGUCGUGCGUCUUUGAUGUGGUAACCUCGGGCGAUGCCAAUUUCACCCUGGCCGCACGUGGUGCUCUGGAGGACGCAAAGAUGUUCCACCCAGAUGCUGAGAAACUGCACAUCUUCCAGACUGGGGCAGGCUGCCGUCUCAUCUCCUUACCCUUCCUCCUUGUCAUCGUCACCUCUAACCUCUUGGCUAUUCAGUUGUGCUUUUAACACUCCUUGCCCAUCAGGUACCAGGGCUACAAGAACCUGUAGCUGCACUGUGACAUACAGACAGGAGUGAGGUGGACAUCAGCUGAAAGGAAGCGGUGCUCUAUCUAGAAUCUGCUAUCAUGGGGGUGGAACCAAACUGGCGAAAGGCCCUGGUCUUCGAGAAAAGACCUGGAAAUAGCAGCUCAUGCUUCCUAUUCUCAAACACGCUGCGGACUGGAUUAGUUGGGUUUUGUUCUGCUCCUGAAUGUUAGUGGAAUUUUCCCAUCGUGGGUUCUGAUUUUUUUUUUUUUUUU